UAAUACUGCAACAAACAAAAUGUGGUUCAGAAGAGGAUAUACCGGUGGUGGAAUCGGACAUGUGACGAAAAAUCCUACAUUUGAUCAUAUCGCUGUUGGCGAAAACGGUGUCAAACCUCCAAUAAUAAUCUACAAGUGGCCCUCGAUGGAUCUUGUGACAGUUUUGCACGACGGCACGUUAAAACGCUAUUCCCAUUUAGUAUACAGCACGGACGGUCUGUUACUGAUAUCGCAGGGAGGUGAUCCAGAUUAUACAAUAACAUUUUGGGAUUGGCGAAAGUCCGAAAUAGCAUUAAAAUGCAAAUCGUACAAUCGAGACAUUUACAAUGUUACAAUAUCUCCAUUGCUGCCUGAAUAUUUGGUCACAAGUGGAUCGGGACAUAUAAAGUUUUGGAGAAUCUCCGAAACGUUUACCGGGCUCAAGUUAAAAGGCGAAGUUGGCAGAUUUGGUCAGACGGAAAUAUCCGAUAUUAUUGGUGUAUACAUUAUGCCAGAUGGAAAAGUUGUAUCGGGCUGCGAAUGGGGGAACAUUUUACUGUGGGAAGAAGGCCUGAUCACUCUUGAAAUAUGUAAAAAAAACCGACAGCCGUGUCACGCUAAAGCAAUUACACAAUUUGAAUAUAUAAAUGGAGAGCUUGUAACAGUUGGCAUGGAUGGGUGGAUACGAAUUUGGUUCUACAAAACAAUAGAUGAAGCGAAUUCCCAAAGUGAGGACUGUUUUUUAGAAAUGCAACCUAUCUAUGAAUAUCACGUCAGUGAAGGUGAUGAAGCCAGCAGUUCGAUGCUUAUGUGUAUACGAAAGCAAGAACCAGACAAUCCAGAAAGUACAUUCUGGUAUGCUCAAGAUGGAAAUGGUGGAAUUUGGUUAAUAGACUUACACACCUUCAAAGCAGAACCACCUCGAAAAAUAUUUACAUGUCCUGCGGGAGCUAUAGUUGACAUGGCUAAUGCAACGUGGGGUCCUUUUCUAGCUACGCUCAGCAAAGCUGGACAGCUACACAUUUAUAAUUAUAUAGAGAAAAGAUUAAUUUUGACGCACAAAUUUAAUGACAUUGGCAGUCAAAUCGUGUGGUUUCCAUGUCAAGUUGAAGCAACAGGAUCAACACUCGCUUGUGCUUUUGAAAGUGGCGUUAUUCGCAUAAUAGCCGCAGCAAUAUCGGUAGCUAACACUGCUAACAAUAUAAAAGGAGAUUAUAUCAGAUUAAUUCAAGUCACAAAGCCACAUAAGCUCGCAAUAACUGCAAUGUCUCUAAAUCCAUCGUACAGCUUGCUGAUAACCGGUGGCGAAGAUUCAACCGUGUUCAGUUUCACUAUUGUAGUGACGAAUGGUUAUCCUGUCAUUAUGCCAGUUGGUUUCAUCAAAGUACCUUCAGAAGUCACAUGUCUCACGUGGAAACCGCAACGUGAAACAACAUUAUUAAUUGGAUGUUCACAAGGAGACUGCGUGGAAGUUACAUUACCGAGUACACCUCAAUCAUAUACUACUGGCUCGUACGAGCUCGUUCAGUGUCAACCAGAAACAUUUAAAUUCCAUUCUACAAAAUCUGCUAUUCGGAGAGAAUUAAUACGCUUAAAUCGGGAGAAGGAGAAGGAAGAAAAAAUCACGAGGAAGCGCGAAGAGAUGGCGCGAUUAAUGGCUGAAAGCCCCGGAAUGGAAAUCGACGAAGAAGACUUUCUCACUAUGGAAGAAGAGCCGUUACCGGAAGUAUAUAUACCGAAAAUACCGAGCAAAGUGUUAAUGGCGCAAUACAUCGAUCAUAACAUUAUUUGGCUAUCAAUGUCGGGAUUUGACGCAGGAUACAUGUACGAGUAUUCAAGCCCGGAAGUUACUGCGACUGUUGAGAAGGAACCUGUUAAAAGUAUCGCGAUAUACGACGCAGAUGACACAGAAAUACGAAGCUGUCUAUUUUACAAUGGAAGGAAGUACGUGUUCUUUGGAAUGCAAUAUGGUCAAAUUCGAGUUUGCAAAUGGAAACCUAAAAAUUAUACAGAUCUCUCGGACUACUGGAUACUUCCAAUGCAUGAUAAUUAUAACGGAUGCAUCCCGAAGAUGAUUCUCAGUCAUGAUCGAAAGAUGCUAUUUACAUGUGGAUACGAUGGGAACUUAUUUUCUUAUGAAAUAACCGAUGAUACACCGUCAGAAGCAAUCGAAUUUGAAAUAACCCAAGGAGUUGUAUCUUUGCCGCUCACUAAUGUUGAAGAUAUUAAAGAGAUCGAUUGUGCAAGUUUGGAAGAAAUGAUUCAACAAGUUGAACAUGAUAGGAUUGCAGCUGCUGCAAAGCAGAAUAAACAUCAGAUUUUGGAGAUAUUAUUUAAAUUAAGCAAAGAAUACAGCACGAUUGUGGAGAGGAAUGACGCUCUGCCAAAAUCUCAUCAAAUGACUCACGAAGAGUUUGAGUUGGAUUCUAGAAUCACGGCUGAUUUGAAUAAAGAGCUAGAUGCAGAAAUGGCUGCGGUGCGAGAGAAAUUGGCAUUUAAAGUGGAAAAGAAUGAGCUUGGAUUACAAAAGCUUUUAGAACACUUUAUUAAACCUGUCAUGUGUUUACCGUUUGUCGUCUGCAAAAUGUCGAAACCAGAUAAUAUAAUAUAUUCUCUACGCCAACGUAUAUUGAAUACUGAUGUUAAGUUAUCGUCGAUCGAUACGACAAAACAUUCACUCGAUACACAAGUGAAUGAAAAUAGCAUUUCGGACAGCCAAAUGCAGCUUGAUAAAGAGAAACAACCAGAACAGGAAGAAGAGAUAUCGGAAGUAGAAAUAGACGUAGCGAAAGCAAAAGAACAACCAGAUUUCUUGAAAGACGUAAGCAUUAAAGACGCAGAUAGUAGCCUCAGAAUACAGUUGAAUCAGAUGUUACGUAAAUACAUGCUGAGGAAGACGAAGCUAGAAGAACGAGAAAAAGAAUGGAAGAUUAUAUAUAAUAAAAAGCCAGAUAUAUCUAGCACUCAUACACACGAUAUACACACUAUAGAGGAAGCAACAAGAACUAUUGGCGAUUACAAACUGAAGACGUCUUUAACUGUUAAUUUGCUAUCGGAUGAACGGGAUACUAUCUUUUCAAAGUAUAAAGAAUUACUACACUGUAGGAAAAAGCUUUAUUAUCUACAAGAGGCGUUUAACGAGAGAUUGAAAGCUGUGAGAACGGAAAAAGAGCAUUUGCACGCAGAAGUUUUACGUUUAAUAAAAUCUCUCAAACAAAUUCACACCGAAAUACCAUUGAAAAGCAUCAAAUCUUUGCCAGCCAUCCCUGCGUUGAAUAUUAAUAUAGAAUUUCCCGAAAGAAAAGUGAUGAUAGAGGAAUAUGCAUUAAAGGCAGAGAGAGUUGAGGAUGCGGAACGACAAAGAUCACCGAGUCUUCUAGAGCAAAUAUCUAUUUAUUCCGAUGAGGAAUACGAAGUGUUACUCUUGGAUGAAAAAAUUUUAGAACAUGUAAAAAUCCCUAAUAAACCAGCGGUUUCACAAAGAAAAAUCAAAAUCAAAACUGCUGUGCAAGAUGACAUAACGUUACUUCAUUUAAAUGACGAUAUCGACAGUCCGUGGGAACGAGAAAUGAAAUAUUCUCGUAUGUUACGCAAAGAAUAUGAACAAGAUUGUAUAUUACGAUACAUAAAAACCAAUUGUAACAAUUUAGACCAAAAAUUAGACGCAUUAGAACACGAUAGAUUGAAUAUCGUUGGUGAGAAUGUUAACAUCAAUUUAUUCUUAUUAACACUUCGUCAAGAAUAUGCUAUUUUGAAAGAGUAUGAAACAAUGGAAAAUGCAUUGAACGAUCAAGUUAAUUGUAAUUUAGAAGAGAUCGCAGCAGUAAGACAGAAAAUAAACACAAUCACCGAUAAAAUUGAUGUUAAAACCAAAGAAAUUACAAAAUUGUAUAAUCAGAUCAAAGAUAUUUCCUCUGAAUACAUGAGUUUGAUAAACAAUAAUAAGUUUCGCAAUUUUCUGUGUAAAAUAUUUAAGAAGAAGUACAAAGAGUUAAAAGAAGAAGAUGAAACUACUACGACAACGACUGAAACGAGUUCAGAUGAAACGGACAGUGUCAACAGCAAAGAAUUAGACUUCAUUUAUUUUGACGAAAAUGUAUGUCCUCCGGGAUGUGACAAAACAUUAUACGACUUGGCGUUUUCGACGAGAGAAAAACGAUACGCCUGUGAACGUCAAAUAAAAGAUGCACACCAAACUGUAGAAAUCCACCAUAAAGAAAUUCAAACUCAGACGAAGAAGCUAAAAGUUAUAGAAAAUAGUUUGAAGAAAAAUGAGGAAAAUUUAAAACUCUUUAUACUCAAGAAACAGACGAAAUUAAACGAUGUGGAUGUUAUGGUGCUAAUGAAUUUGCACCAGCUGCAACAUCUCAAGGAAUCCAAGACUUUGUCCAAGGUGUACAACUGCAUUGUAUUCGAUAAAAAGAAAUUGUCUAGAUUGUAUGCAAGGAUACAAGAGCUGUAUGAAGAGACCCUUGAAUUGCAGGCUAAACACAAAUGUGCUCGAGCGCACCUCCAGAGAAUACAGCUCGAUUGUCAUCAUAUGCGUGCUAACAAUAAAAAUUUGAAAAGUCAAAUAAAGCAAGAGAUAAUGAAUAAGUUUGGCCAGAAUAUAUCUUUAAAUAAAUUAUAUGAAAUGAUACUCCGGCGACUGGCAUACGAUAUUAAGGCCCGCUUGAAUGAGACAGCAAUAUAUUUUGCCAAGCAAAUUAAACAUAUCAAGGAGAAAUAUGCAGAAGAAUUGGUUAUAUUUAACAAACUGAUUCGGGAAAAUACACAAAAGUUAAGCUUUGCGACUGUUUUAGUGGAAGAGCAAUCAAAACUUAAAAAAUUAUUGAAGCAACAUGUCACAUCAAAUGAGGAAAUCUUGCAACUGGAAGAGACGUACAAAAGUGAUAUAAUAAAGAUAGAGAAGAUUCUUGAAAAUCAAGCACGGCAGAAAUAUCUAUUUCGGAAUGAUAUUAAGAAUCUUAGAUUGAAAACAAAAUCGCAGCAUAAUCAAUUUAAUAAAAUAAGGAGGAAUGAAAAAGAUAUCGAGCUUCAAAGCGAAGAAAAUUCUAAUCGCGACUGGUAGAAUGAAGUAAAAAUAUAAUAAAUUAAAACUUUUCUAUAAAUACUAAAAAUAAUGCUGAUUUGGUAGAAAAAUCAGAAUCAAUUGUCAAGAUCUCUUUUAUAAAUACAGUGUUUUAAAACAUGAUUCCGCGUGCGUACAAAUGCUAAGUAAAAUAUAAAAGAGCUUUGCGAUUAUUUUAUAUUUCUACAAAUAAUUACGAAAUAAAUUGAAUAAAAUAAUUUAUUAAAAAUACCUUAUCGGUUAAGUAAGUUUGUUCGUUAAAAAGCACGUUGUUUUUCUGUUUGUUGCAUUUUAUUUAUCGCUUACAUAUAAUAACUAUAUGUAUAUGAGAACUGUACAGAGAUACAUAAUUUUAUUUACUACUUAUGUGAAGAGCACUCUAAUAAUAAUAAAUAAUAAUAUAUUUGCUUAUAAUAAAACGAAACAUACAAAUCAUUUCCUGUAUACGAAUUCCUUCUUAUCAUACUUACGCUAUGUGUAAAAUUUUUCGAUGAAAUUAAAAGAAUCUAUACAUUAUUUCUUAGCAAGACUAAAUAUGAAGAAAUAAGAUAAAAGUGCUUCUUCAAUAAACUUUUCAAAACAGCUAAUUUACAGAAAUAAUUUAUUGUUUGUAUCAACAUUUGCUCCAUAAACUCUUUAAAUACGACUAAUAAAAAUCCUCGGAAUGUUAAAACACAUGAAAAGAACAGUUGCAUGUGAAAUUUCAACUCAGACUAGAUGAUGGUCAUCAUUAAAAAUUAAAUAUUUCAAUCAUAAUACACUUAGAAAUUAAAUGUGUCAACAAUGCUACACUCAGACCUCGAUACUCCACGUACCGAUAAGAGAAAGAAGUAUGAAAAAAAUGCAGAUGCGUUGUGGCGGAAUUAAGCAUUUAUUUAUUUUGUGUUGUAUCGAAAUCCAAGUGUAAUCAAAGACAGUGAUUGUAUAGAAAGAAUAGUAAAAAUAGUAAUCAUAGUAAAAAGAUAUUAGUGAUAAUGACAGUAUUAAGGAUAGCAGUUAUGGUAUUAAUAAUAAAAUAUGAACAAAAGUAGCGGUAGUUAACAGUAGUAGUAGUAGCAGUAGUAUGGCGACAAUAAUAGUAACAGCUUAUAUUUUCUUUCUGACCCUUUCCGAAGAUAGCUAGCUUACAAUAGAAAUCGACUUUUUUUGAGAAAAAAGCGUUUAAAUUAAACGAUAUUAGGCGAUCAGCAAAAUAUAAAUUAUUUCGUGUAAUAGCAGUUUUAAAAUACCGAUACUUUGGCAAUUUAACUGUAAAUAAUUAACAAUUUUUGGUUUUUCUCAUAUUAAUUUUUAAAUUUAAUAGAAAAAUAC